AUGGACUCCACUGCUGCACUCGUCGUCAAGGUUAGCUAUGGAGGCGUGCUCAGGCGUUUCAGAGUUCCUGUUAAAUCUAAUGGACAGCUUGAUCUUGACAUGGCUGCUCUUAGGGAAAAGAUCGCUGCUCUCUUUAACCUCCCUGUCGAUGCUGAUUUUUCUCUCACUUACUCUGAUGAAGAUGGGGAUGUUGUGGCCCUAGUUGACGAUAAUGACUUGUUCGAUGUCACGAAUCAGCGCCUUAAGUUCUUGAAAAUUAACGUGCUUUCAAACGCUGGUAUGCCCACAAACUCUAAUGCUCCAGAGAGUAGUGGUGGGAGUUCAACAUCUGCGGGGAUGCCUACUAGCCAAAGCCCUGUUUCCAAAAUCCAAAAAGGUAUCAAUGAUGUUCUCAUGGCUGUACCUAACCCGAUGCGUGAUACCAUAUCCAAGGCGUAUAUGGACCUUGCAGCUAAAGCCGCAUGUUCUAGUCCUGUAGUUGGUGAGAUGCUUGAUUGCAUCUCCAAGUUAGGCCAGCUCUCAAUUCCUCAGGAAAGUAAUCCUUCCUCACCUGUUACUACUAAGUCUGCUUCUUCAGGACCUUCUCUGACCAGGGAGGAGAAGACCCAGACUGGAGGAAACCCUGCUAAUCUGAAUGAACCAACUGCCACUGCAAAUCCAAAAGGUUUUGGUCAUGGAUCAACGUCCUCUGGACUGGGUGCUAGCUUCAACGAAUGCCCCUUUAGUGGCGGUAUGGUGAAUGACCUCAACAGGCAGGGCCGUCGUGCAUGUCAUUCGAGAAAAAGCAGCAAUGGUGAUUAUUGGACCUCAUUGGGUGUGUUCCAUAAGGGAAUCCAAUGUGAUGGAUGUGGAGUUAUUCCAAUAACUGGUCCUAGAUUCAAGUCUAAAGUCAAAGAAGACUAUGAUCUUUGCAACACCUGCUUUUCAGUGAUGGGUAAUGAGGGGGAUUACACAAGAAUGGAUAAGCCCAUUUCAGUUCAACAUAUGCAUCCUUUUAGAGGACAACUGACCCACUUUACGAAUCCUUGGCUGAGCCACCAAGUCCCACGACCUCCCCAUGGAGGUUUACCUUUCAGGUGUACUAGGCCUAAACUAGACAGUCGCUUUGUCCUUGAUGUGAAUGUACUUGAUGGAACAGUUGUUGCUCCAUCUGCUCCAUUCACUAAGAUUUGGAGAAUGAGGAACAAUGGUUCGUUGGUAUGGCCCCAUGGCACACAGAUAGUCUGGAUCGGUGGGGACAGGUUCAGCAACUCAUUGUCAGUUGAUUUACAGAUUCCAAAGGAAGGUGUGCCUAUGAACAGUGAAGUUGAUGUCAAAGUGGAUUUUGUUGCACCAGAGUCACCUGGUCGAUACAUUUCUUAUUGGAGGAUGGCUUCCUCUAAUGGUGCUAAGUUUGGGCAACGUGUCUGGGUGUUGAUACAUGUUGAUGCAGGCUUAAAGUGUUCUGUUGUGAAUGAGUUUCAUGGAUUGAACUUGAAUGCCUCCCCUGAUGAAGACUGUUCAACAGAAUUUGCAGGGAUCAAAGUGAAUUAUGAGUCAGCUCAACAUGGGAGUUCCAAUGUUGAUCCUGGGACAGUGAAAAGUGCUGGUAUAGAACAAGUAGUUGAUGAAUCGCAAAACCUCGAAAAAGAUAAGCCGCUGGUUGGUGAAGUUCAUUCUACUCAUACUCCUUCAACUUCAUCUUCUUCAUCAUACAACAUUAUCGAGCUAACAAAUAUGCCUACUGUUGAGGCCUUGCGUGGUGGUUCUUCAUCCACAAAUGACAUCCCAGUUCCUCUCGAAGAAGAUAUAGAAAAGAAUGAUGUCGAGAUAACCAUGCUCAAGGAACUCGAGGAAAUGGGUUUCAAGGAGAUCGAUUUAAACAAGGAGGUCUUGAGGGACAACGAGUACAACUUGGAGCAAUCUGUUGAUGCGCUUUGUGGAGUUGGCGAGUGGGAUCCUAUCCUAGAGGAGCUACAGGAAAUGGGCUUCUGUGAUGAUGUGACGAACAAGAGGCUGCUGAAGAAGAACAACGGAAGCAUUAAAGGCGUGGUUAUGGAUCUCCUCACAGGAGAGAAGGAAGCCUAA